CGCCGCUGCCUCCGCCUCCUUCCACUUCGACGGAGAAGUUGUUGGCGCGAGUGGAUCCCCAUCCCCGGUAACGGAUUCCCCAGCCCGCCGGCCUGCGUGCCCGCGCUUUAAUCCUUGGGCUGCGAUGGAUAUUCGGAAAUUCUUUGGGGUUAUACCAAGUGGAAAGAAAUCUGCAAGUGAGACAGUAAAGAAGAAUGAGAAAACAAAGUCCGCUGAAGAAACUUUAAAAGCAAAGAAAGGAAUAAAGGAAAUCAAGGUAAAUAGUUCUUGUAAAGAUGACGACUUUAAACAGAAGCAAUCAAACAAGAAAAAGAGGAUCAUCUAUGAUUCAGACUCAGAACCAGAGGAGACAGUGCAGGAAAAAAAUGCCAAAAAGCAACCAGAAAAGUUGCCAUUGUCUCCUAAACCUGCUAAAAUUCUACGACAGCACCCUGUUACAUACAUUUCAGAAACGGAUGAAGAAGAUGACUUUACGUGUAAGAAAGCAGCCUCUAAAUCAAAAGAGAAUGGACGAUCUACAAAUAGUUAUCUUGGAGCAUCCACCAUGAAAAAGAAUGAAGAAAACACUAAGACCAAGAAUAAGCCUUUAUCACCAAUAAAACUUAGCCCCACAUCAGUGCUUGAUUAUUUUGGAACUGGAAGUGUCCGAAGAUCAGAUAAGAAGAUGGUGGCAAGCAAAAGAAAAGAGCCUUCACAAAAUACAAAUGAUUCCAGAUUAAAUGAUGAAGCCAUUGCCAAGCAAUUGCAACUUGAUGAAGAUGCAGAGCUGGAGAGACAACUGCAUGAAGAUGAGGAGUUUGCCAGAACAUUAGCCAUGUUGGAUGAAGAACCUAAGAAGAAAAAGGUGGCGUUUUUCCUGGGCUCUGAAUACACAGCUCCAAAGGAUCCAGAAGAGGGAGAAACAUUUUCAUCUGUCCAGGCCAAUUUAAGUAAAGCAGAAAAACAUAAAUAUCCUUAUAAAGUAAAAACAGAGCAAUUUCUGAAUGAAAAAAAGAACUACAGUCCUAAGAAGCAAACUAAAUGUGAAAGUUCAAAAGAAUCUCAGCAGCAUUCCAAGUUAUCAGCUCACAAAAUAGGAGAAACUUCUCCUAAAGCUAGUUCCAAGCUGGCACUUCUGAAAAUAAAAGAAGAGAGUUCUUCUAAAGAAACAGAGCCUAUGGCCACAAAAAGAAAAGAAAGUGCCAUUGAAUUGAAAGAGACAAAAAGUCCUAAGAAAACGAAAAGUUCUCCUGCCAAAAAAGAGUCUGUAAGUCCUGAAGAUUCUGAAAAGAGACGCACUAAUUAUCAAGCUUAUCGGAGUUACUUAAAUCGAGAAGGUCCCAAAGCUCUAGGCUCCAAGGAAAUACCAAAGGGAGCUGAAAAUUGCUUGGAAGGCCUUACAUUUGUAAUCACAGGAGUGCUGGAGUCCAUUGAAAGAGAUGAAGCCAAGUCUCUAAUUGAACGUUAUGGAGGAAAAGUAACCGGAAAUGUCAGCAAGAAAACAAACUACCUUGUCAUGGGUCGUGAUAGUGGACAGUCCAAGAGAGAUAAGGCAGCAGCCUUGGGGACAAAAAUUAUUGAUGAGGAUGGCCUAUUGGAUCUGAUUCGAACUAUGCCAGGCAAGAAGUCCAAAUAUGAAAUAGCUGUUGAAGCUGAGAUGAAUAAAGAGAAGUCCAAAUUGCAGAGAACACCCUCAAAAAAUGACCAAGGAAAAAGAAAAAUUAGUCCAACUAAGAACGAGUCAGAAUCCAAAAAGUGCAGACUGACUCCCAAAAAGGAUAGCUCCAUGAAGUCAAUAAAAAAAGAAACAAGUGUGUUUCAGAGAGGCCUGGACUCCAAGGAGCAGGUGGCUGAGGAGGCAAAUGGUGACAGCCAGGCUAGGAGAUCGGCUGAUGACAGCAGUGAAAACAGAGUGGCAAAUUUGCUCUGGGUGGAUAAAUACAAGCCAGCCUCACUCAAGACCAUCAUUGGACAGCAAGGUGACCAGAGCUGUGCCAACAAACUCCUACGCUGGCUCCAAAACUGGCACAAGAGUCCAUCUGAAGACAAGAAACACGCAGCAAAGUUUGGUAAAUAUGCUGGCAAAGAUGAUGGCUCUAGUUUUAAAGCGGCAUUGCUCUCAGGCCCUCCAGGUGUUGGCAAAACCACCACGGCCUCUCUGGUUUGUCAGGAACUGGGAUAUAGCUACGUGGAACUGAAUGCAAGUGAUACUCGGAGUAAGAACAGUUUGAAGGAGAUUGUUGCUGAGUCACUGAACAAUACCAGCAUCAAAGGCUUUUAUUCAAGCGGAGCAGCCCCUUCAGCAGGCACGAAACAUGCCCUCAUCAUGGACGAAGUGGAUGGCAUGGCGGGCAGUGAGGACCGGGGAGGAAUUCAGGAAUUAAUUGGUCUGAUAAAACAUACAAAAAUUCCCAUUAUUUGUAUGUGCAAUGAUAGAAAUCACCCCAAGAUUCGCUCUUUGGUUCAUCAUUGUUUUGAUCUUCGUUUUCAAAGACCUCGGGUUGAACAGAUUAAGGCUGCUAUGUUGUCUAUUGCAUUUAAAGAGGGUUUGAAGAUUCCUCCUCCAGCUAUGAAUGAAAUAAUUUUGGGAGCCAAUCAAGAUAUCAGACAGGUUUUACACAAUCUGAGUAUGUGGUGUGCACAGAGUAAGGCAUUAACCUAUGACCAGGCCAAGGCUGAUUCUCAUAGAGCCAAAAAGGAUAUUAAACUGGGCCCAUUUGAUGUUGCCCGGAGAGUGUUUGCAGCUGGAGAGGAGACUGCUCACAUGUCACUUGUGGAUAAAUCAGACCUCUUUUUUCAUGAUUAUUCAAUCGCACCCCUCUUUGUCCAGGAGAACUACAUUCACGUGAAGCCUAUAGCUGCGGGGGGCGACAUAAAAAAGCACUUGAUGCUUUUGAGCAGAGCGGCAGAUAGUAUAUGUGAUGGCGACCUGGUGGACCGGCAGAUCCGGAGUCAGCAAAACUGGAGCCUUCUGCCCACACAGGCCAUUUAUGCCAGCGUCCUUCCCGGAGAGUUGAUGAGGGGGUCCCUGAGCCAGUUUCCCUCCUUUCCCAGCUGGCUGGGUAAGCACUCGUCCACAGGCAAACACGACCGUCUUGUUCAGGACCUCGCGCUGCACAUGAGUCUCAGAACUUACUCCAGCAAAAGGACUGUGAAUAUGGAUUAUCUGUCACAUAUAAGGGAUGCACUUGUACGGCCCUUGACCUCACAUGGGGUAGAAGGAAUACAGGAUGUUGUUGCCCUUAUGGAUGCAUAUUAUUUGAUGAAAGAAGACUUUGAGAAUAUCAUGGAAAUUAGCAGCUGGGGAGGCAAGCCUAGUCCUUUCUCCAAGCUGGAUUCCAAGGUGAAAGCAGCCUUUACAAGAGCUUACAAUAAGGAAGUCCACCUUACUCCAUACUCAAUUCAGGCAGUAAAGACACCCAGACACAGCACAGGCCCAGCACUGGAUACUGAAUACAGUGAAGAGUUAAAUGAAGAUGACUCUCAAUCUGAUGAGAAAGAUCAAGACUCUAUGGAAACGGAUGCUAUGAUCAAGAAAAAGACAAGAUCUUCAAAGCCUUCAAAAUCAGAAAAAGAUGAGUCCAGAAAAGGAAAAGGAAGAAGUUCAAAGAAAUGAAACCAUUUUUCACUACUGACAGUCACUUUGUACUCACCCUGUUGACCAGUCCAGCUGGUCUAGAGGAUGCCUUGUUUUUCCAAAGGAAAGUGAAUGGGGCAACUGAAUGGUCCCAUUCUGAGUAAAUGGUGGCACAGCGAGAAUGACGCAACCAGUAGGCUAAUGUACACACCUCUUAUAGAGGUUGCUAGGACUGCCCGGGUCCUCCCGCUGUCCCCGUCAGCCUAACUAGGUUGUGCUGCACCAUGCCCGGGAACAGUGGCACUAAGGUGACUUUUCUAAGCUUAACAAUAUAUCCUAAUGGCCUUUAUAGGACCAAUGCUGAUUUUUUAAAAAGGUAGUUACUAUUAUGUGGUGAAAUUUUGUAAAUAAAUUAUAAUACAAAACAGUCACCACCUAGAACUGGGUAUUCUUCGUACACUUCCAAGUAUCUUGCAGAAUAUAAAUUGGGAAUAAAAAUGUUCCAUAUGACACAUGUACAAAUUCUUAAGAUUGUGAUCUUGUACAGUAAAAUAUUAUGUUGGUACAUGACUUUCCUUAUUA